GUGGCUCAACACGAAAAUCCUCAUUUGACAUGACUUUCUAGAGCAUGCUUUUCUACAGAAGACACAUGCGACUAUGUCCCCUCUUUUUGGCCUGUUUGAAGGACUAUCCGUCAACUUACUUCCUGGGGCUUUUUUUGUUCAUUAAUUUGUUAAUUAGAUGGGUUGUUAGCUUGGCAUCAUUGCUAACUAGCAAAAAAAAAAAACAUUUAUAGUUUUAUUGGCUCAUCCGGGCAGAAAAUUAGUAACGUCGAGAUGAGGAGUGGAGCGUACAAGUUUCUGUCCGUUUUUUCUUGUCUCAUUGUUUGCGGUUUCAUGUUCAUGUUUUGGUUUUUCGUUUUUUACUCUAUGGUACUUGCGCCAUAACUUACAACUGGAAUUUAUUUUAGUUAGCUAGCUAUUUAGCACAGACAGCUAGCUAAGUUCGCUAACGUUAGAUUUACCAAGUUGGCAUCGGCGAUUUUGUCCCCCCCACAAAGCAACCCAAACUGACAAGUUGUAGCCAGUAAAAGAUUGAGUCCUAAUUUACUUAGCUACAUACCAAUCAACAGAAAGAGACAAAUGUAGCAACUGUUAGCGAACGGCUAACUAGCAACAACAUUGUGCACAUACCCACAGUGCAUUGCGGCAACGACAGAUCACAUGAUCUGAAUAAGGAAGCGAGGUGUAUUUGGAUUGUAUCUGAGCAUCAAGGAACAGGAGCGGUGAUAGAGAUGGCUUCUGUGCCCGUAGACAAAGACAGUGCAGAUCAGAAGCUGCAGUUUGCUCCCUUCUCCAGUGCCUUAGAGGCAGGCUUCUGGCACCAGCUCACUCAGAAGAAACUCAACGACUACCGUCUGGAUGACAGUCCCAAGAAUAUCAAAGGCUACUACUACAAUGGCGAUCCGGUCGGCCUCCCUACUCGCCUGACUUUGGAGUUUAGUGCAUUUGAGGCGGAUGGCCCCAGCCCAGCCCGCUGCUGUCCCGUCACAGGGACCCUGUACAACACCAACACACUGGAGGCCUUCAAGACCUCAGACAAAAAAGCACUGCUGGAAAAACAGGCCACGGAGAUUUGGGAUUCCAUACAGUCCGGUGAUGCUCUCAAGGACCCAUCCCUCCUCUGCAAAUUCCUUUUGCUGACUUAUGCAGACCUGAAGAAGUACCACUUCUACUACUGGUUCUGUUUCCCAGCUCUCUGUUUCUCCGAGGGAAUUAAGAUCAUCAAGGAGCCGGCUACGUUAGAACAAGUCUUCUCUUCUAAACAGACCUCAGCCUUACAGGCAGCCUAUGACAGUCUGUGCAGUGAAACAGGGACCUCAGCUGUUCCUUACUUCCUGAUCAAGUACACAGAGGAUGCUGUCCAGGUGGCCCAGCUACGAGACUGGGACAGCUUCAACACUGAUCUCAACAAGGUAACCGUGGGUGUGUAUGACCCCUGCACUCUGCCCCAGCAUCCAGGAUGGCCUCUGAGGAAUCUGCUGUUUCUCCUAGCCAGCAAAUGGGGGUCUCCAUCGCCGGCAGGGGGUCGUCCGGCUAGGGGGUCGUCCCGAGGGGGGUAUCCAUCGUCCGGAGGGGGUCGUCCGGCAGGGGUCGUCCGGCAGGGGCGUCGUCGGCAGGGGGUCGUCCUGCAGGGGUCGUCCGGCAGGGGGUCCCGUCCGGCAGGGGGUAGUCCGGCAAGGGGGUCGUCGCAGGAGGUUGCCGGCAGGGGGUGUCUCAGGGGGUCGCGGCAGGGGGUCGUCCUGCAGGGGGUCACAGUGUCGGAGGGGGUCAUGCCAUCGUCGGCAGGGGGUCAUCCAGCAGGGGUCGUCCAGUGUGGCGAGCCCGCCAGCUCCGCAGCCUUCUGUUCCACACUCCCGGACCCGCUACGGAUGCUACUUCUGUACGACGUUGCCCCCGAGACUCCACAGAGACCAGACCUGAACCUACUUUUUUCCCACCAGAGCCGGACCCUGGCCAGAGCAGUGUACAGUGACGUCGUCAGCUGCCAUGAUAAGCAGGACGCCUGGCUGCUAGAACUCAUAGGUGUCAUACUACAGCUACUGAAGAAUGCAGAGGGCCACGUGAUGAGCAUCCCGAUGCCAGGCCACCCGGUCAACUUCUCCGAGGCGACCAUGUCCCAGGCCAGGCAGGACGUGGAACACCUGGAGAAGCUGAUCUCGCAGCAUGAUGUCGUCUUCCUGUUGAUGGACACCAGGGAGAGUCGAUGGCUGCCGACUGUUAUAGCUGCCAGCAAUAGGAAGGUAAGGGAGAGAGAGAGAGGGUGGAAUCAGGCAACACGUCCCAAAUGACAUACUAUAUAGUGC